AUGGCUCGUCGAAGAAAUACUGAGGCGGACCAUGAGGAGUUCAUCAUUGUAAUUGGGGAGGUGGCUAGAAGUGCGACUCUGGGAGACGUGUCAAAAUGCACGUACUUCUCCGGGCACUGCAAGACUCCGGAGGCAACGAUUGCGUGGUCCGAAAGCACACCAUUCAGGAUGUGCAGGUACGAGACUCUCGGACAAACACAUGGCAGUCCCAGAACUCCAAAUGUUCUCGGAAAUCUCCCAAGAUAUGAGAUUCACGAUGCAGUUAGGUCUAAACAAUACGCUGGUAAGGACAUGACAGAAGGUCCAAAAGGAGUAUACCGCUCAGCUAGUCUUGGUGAAAAUGCCGAAAAUUAUACGGCAUGGUUUGGAGGAAAAGAGGUCGAGCACGACGAAUUCAUAAUAGUUGUAGGAGAGGUUGCAUCAUUUGACGGCGAUGCUACCAUUUCAACGUUAGGGGAUACCUCGAAAUGCUCAUACUCGUCUGGAAAUUGCAAAACGGCAGAGGCUACUGUAGUGUGGUCGGAAAGUUCUCCAUACAGAGCCUGCAAAUACCAGAAGAUGACUUCAGUUGAUGCGUUUAUCACAGAUAAACACAUAGCAGUUCCUGAACUGAAGAUGUUUUCCACUAUCUCCCAGGACAUGAGGUUCACGGAGCAGGAGGCUAAAAGUUGUUUAGUGGAUCUCUGGAAUCCGGAUUAUGUUCGGAUGAAACAAGAACAUCACCGACAUAAACGGGUAGCCUAUCUAAGAUUAGGAGGUCCAAACAACACAACCAUAGCCAUAAGCCUGGGAGAAAAGUUCGCAACGCCGUUAAUCUACAAAUACUUCAAAGUAGAUGCCCUAUAA